UAGUAGACAUAAGAGUAUUUUUCAAACCAUCCUUAGAUAAAAAAGUAGAAAAGAAACUAAGGCAGGCAUGAUGGAAUAUGGAUGAGUAAAAACGCGCUUACUACCUCCCGCUCUUUAUAAACUCAUGCACGCAUCUUCUACUUUCUACCACAUAAACUGCUCGCCACCCAAUUAACCUACUACUCCCACAAACUUCUUCUCUCCUUUCCAUCACAAAUGGUCUCUCUCCAAUCCUUUCAACCCACACCCGACACCGUCGAGCCGAGCUCCAGCCCCGGCCGGAUAUCCUUCUCCUCCGAGUUUCUCGACGAAAGCAACUUCAUUUCCAUAUGUCCGAACCCCCAAGUAGAGCAAGUGCGAGACGAUGAGGAGGAAAGACCUAAACCUGGACGAAACGCGGAGUUCGAGUUUCUCUUAGGAAAUUUAACAAACACCAUGAUUACAGCUGAUGAAGUGUUCUCUGAGGGCAAGUUGCUUCCCUUCUGGCAAACGCAGGCGGAGAAACUUGACAAGAUCAGCUUGAAAACGGAGAAUGCUGAAGAUGGGCCUGAGGAAAUCAAGGAGGAGAGCAGAAUAAGCUGGUUUCUCGACGAUGAUCCCUCCCCCAGGCCUCCCAAAUGCACAGUUUUAUGGAAGGAGUUGCUGAGGUUGAGAAAACAGCGUGCUUCGUCGACUUUAUCUCCGUCUGCGUCGUCGUCUUCUUCUUCGUCCUCCUCUUCUAGGAGUUCACUGGCUGAAAUCCCGCCACCGGAGGAGACCAAAGAAGGGGUGAGGAGUAAAGCUGAGAAAGCUGUGAAGAGGAUCAAGAAGGGAGAGGAGAGAACAAGAACAGGCAGUAUAAGGAUAAGGCCUAUGGUUAAUGUGCCUAUUUGCACGCAGGCCAAGAACAGCGCAUUGCCUCCGCUAUUUUCGUCUAGGAAGGAUAGCAAGAUGAGAGAGGUGAGAUGAUGAAGGCAGGAAUGUAUGUCGAUAUUUACUGAUGUAGAAAUGUUGUUUUUUGAUUUGUUUAUGGUUGUAUUGAUGAUUAAUUUCAUGCAUGUUUUUGGUGUAUUACUAUUUUCUGUAGAUUAA